GCUGAGAAUUUUUGUGCAUUAUGAUUCCGUUCGUACAGUCGACAAUGGCGAAAUUAAUGAUUUAUGUUUAUCUGGUCAUAUUAGUGUCUUGUGUUAUCAGUGAGAAUAGAAAAUCACGGACAGUAGCAAUCGACACACAUGGACAAGCGCUGACACAAACAAUCGACACAAAAGGACAACCACUGGUACAAACAGUUACCACAGAAGGAGGAGCAGUGACACAAACAUUCGACACACAUGGAGGAGCAGUGACACAAACAUUCGACACACAUGGAGGACUAGUGGAUCAAAGAAUCGACACAGGAAUUGGAGCACUGACACAAACAUUCCGCACAUAUGGGGGAGCAAUUUCUCAAGUGAUCCAUACAAGUGGAGGAGCAGGGACACAAGUAUUCGACACACAGGGAGGACCAGUGACACAAACAAUCUACACACAAGGAGGAGCACUGACACAAACAAUCUACACCCACGGAGGAAUACGGUCACAAACAAUCGAUACAGCAGGAGGAGUACUGACACAAACAUUCGACACAACAAGAGGACCAGUGACACAAACAAUCUACGCACAAGGAGGAAAGCGGUCACAAACAAUUGAUUUAGCAGGUCUGCCACGACAAUGCUAUUUGAAGUGCCAGUGAGCUGUGGAAGAACUUAUUUUAUCAUAUCUAAUAUUACAUAUUAAAAAAUCUGUUUAUUUUAAAAUUUAUGUAAUUUGCAAAUUUUAUAUCAAAUCAAAUAAAUAAAUAUGGCAAA